AUGGCAGCAUACGACGGAGCAGGAAACCCGAGAGAGCACGUCCUUAACUAUGAAACUUUCAUGGAGUUGCAGACCUUAUCGGAUGCCUUAAUGUGCAAGGUAUUCCCAACGAUGCUCACGGAGCCAGCACGAGCGUGGUUCAAUAGCUUGGAAGUUGGAAGUAUCAGAAGUUUUGGAGACCUUGCCAAUGUUUUCAUCAGCCGGUUCAUAGCUAGAGUGCCGGCUGACAGAAAAACUAGUUACCUGGAGACGGUCAGGCAGAGGAGAGAUGAGUCCUUGAAGGAAUACAUAGCCCGUUUCAAUACGGAGGCCCUGCAGAUCUCUAAACUAGAUGAAGGUAGGGCGGUGGAAGCCAUGCAGAAAGGGACCACCUCCCCCGAGUUCUUCAGCUCGUUGAGCAGAAAGCCCUCUACCUCGUUGGUAGAACUGAUGAAGAGGGCAGAAAAAUACAUAAGGCAAGAUGAUGCCUUGAUGACGAGCAGAUUCGCCAAGGAGGCAGCAGGCAGAGGAAAAGCCCCGGAAGAAAGGAGGCCGGAAAGACACGAAAAAAGGCAAAAUAAAAAGCCUGAGACAUACAGACAACCCUAG